AUGGCAUCCAAGAAACCAUUCGUUAUCGAUCAGGCAGAUGAAAUCACUGAGAAAGCCGCAUUCGCCUGGCGAACUAACAUGAGUGUUCGAUGUAGAAGUCAGAACGGAGAGGAGAGAAGUCGACUGAUGGGCUUUGGUGGCGGUGAUAGUCAAGCGAGUCUGGGUCCCACACCUCGCGAUCGUUUGCCAGAUGAUGCUAUGGCCUAUUAUGGGCUUCCCAUCCGCCGUCCCAUAGCGGCUCUUCGGCAGGUGCCUGGUGAUUUUAGCAGUUGGGGACCAAGGAGGAAAGUGGGCUACUGGCCUACCGUCGCUCCCGAGGAAAAUAUUUGGUAUCAGGAGAACCGAGCGAGAGAUUUGGCCCGAUGGGAUGCGGUGGGUAUCACCCAAACCAUCGAUCUAUGCUUCUGUCUUCCCAAUAAUACUAGCCCUGCACCGCUAGCUGCCGCUCUUUGCUUCUGGAACACCUCCAGCAAUACAUUCGAUUUCCGGUUUGGGCAGAUGAGCAUAACUCUGCUGGAUGUUCUUACCAUCACGGGGUUGCCCAUUGACUUUGACCCCUAUGUGCAUGGUCAGUUUGAUGGCACUCAAUUUUCUUUGAGAAUGGAUAUGGCUGGUCGAGGGCAUAACAGCAGAUCCUACCCAUCCUGGCGCGAAUAUUACUGCACCCGGCGUGACCAUACAGGAGGUAUCGCAUUCCUGGAAUUCUGGCUUUGCAAAUUUAUCUUUUGCACUUCUUCCAACAAACCUACUGGACCUUGGAAUUCUCUGGACACUGCUCUCUACAAUGGUAUUUGCAUUGGCCUUGGGCAACCUGUAUUGGGUGCGUUAUAUCGCUCCCUUUAUAGAGCCGUAAUGCGCCCAUUUGAUACCGAAAUUAGUGGCCCCUUCUGGAUCCUUGCCUUUUGGCUGCAGAUUUAUUUCCCUCUCUUCCGUCGCGGUGAUAUUCCAAAGGAACCUCCAGUUGAUUCCCUUUUGGGGAACUGGCUUUGCCGCAACGUAAGGUAUCGAGCUCCACCCUACUCCGAGUGUUUUAUUUACUUGUACUUGCUGGGAGAGAUGCCGGACCCAAAAAUAGUCCUUUCUAGGCGAUUCCCUCCUCCCCUUGAUGAUGGCUUUCUGCCCAGUGGACGGGAUCAUAGCGAAAGAGCCUUCCUGGCCUUUUGUCGCGCCAUCUCCUGCUUGGAUAUUCGUCUUGCCACUGAACGCGUAAGUUAUGAGCUCUAUGCCCCUAACCAUUUUGCUCGCCAAUUUGGGUUGGCCCAGUUGGUACCCUGGCCUCUGGUUGAUUCUGCCAAUUACUACACCUCUUGGCGGAGAUUAGCCCCACCUGGGUCUGCCCCCUUUCAGAGUCAGUUUACUUUGAUAGUGAUUCCCCCUUGGGUCAGAGCGCUGUACCCCCUCAACGAUGUCGACGAUGAUUAUGCUGAUUGAUGGAAAGAAGUGUCCGUGAACUGUUGGGACCUGCCACAUGACGAACUCUUCGUCCUGAUCUUUCGUGGCAUGAGUAGUCCUGGUCCGGAAGACCGCAAGAUUCUUGAGCGCUUCUCCAACCCUGCAGCACAACCCCCGCGACCUAUUCUACCUUCUCGCUCAUUGCGUCCAGGGAUACAAAUCCACGAGCCUAGGGCAACACAAACUACCUGGAGCAGGAUAGCCUCUGUUCAGGCGGGGAAACAAAAGGCAAUAGCAGAGGAGACUUCUGAGGGAGAGUCUUCGCAUGAUGAAGAUCCCGCUGAGGUAAUUUAGUUAAGAAUGAUCCCAAACUUGUAUAUUUGGUGCUUCCCCCCUUUUUGAGUUAUGACUCUUUUCUCGUACAGGCCACUGCUGUCUUUGCUUGCAAACGCGAUCGAGCUCAAUUCGUCGAAGAGAGUUUUGAAGAUGACGAACCUCUGGGAAUGAGAUUGGUAAACUCCGACCCCGUCUUAUCCUUUUUAAAUUUUAGAAUCUGGGCAGGAUCUUCACUAUGUAUCUUUUGACAGGUCCGUCAAAGGACCACUAAUCCCUCUCGCCUGAGCGAGGCUGGACCCUCAGCCACUGCAGAAAAGCCAACUCUCUCGCUAGUUCAAGCAUCAACUAACCCCGUGGCGCCUCUUCCGUCUCCCACAUCUACAGAGCAUCUGCAAGGUCCUACCAUUCUAAUAACGAUCUCCGAUGACGACUCCUCGGAGCAUGAAAGUGUGGAAAGCCACUCUGAGGAUUCUGCCGCUUAUGAGGAACUGAUGACGACAGAGAUUCUCGCGGCACUAAAGGUCCAAGAGGUGAAUGAAGUGAGGCUUCUUCCUCUUGGUGACCACGUACCAGAUAUUGACCCGACAACUCGAGAGGUAAGCCACUGUUGGCCAAUGCUUUCCAUUUCCCUUUUGAUCCAACCCCACUCUCUGACAUUUCUGAAUCUAACCAGGAUUCUGUUUGUACCGAGGAGGUGGCUACAAACGCUGAGGGUCCUAUCGGUCGGACAGUCGCCCAAGAGAUGAAAAAUGAUACUGACGGUGGUGGUGCCCCCCAAGUCUUGCGAAUAAAUGAGACAACCGUCGAAGCCGAGGGCCCUGUGCUUGAAUCUGCUCCACUUGCCCAUGGUGAGCCGCGAGUUGAGUUUCCAGAUUCUCCCGCGGCUGAAGGGACAGACCAACCUAUUGAAGAUGAAGAAACUGAGGAAGAUGUCCACCCUUUUGCAUUGGUGGUUCGUGAUCCUGUGGCGCCUCCGCCGCCUCCUACCAGAUUCGAGAGAUUGAUGAGGGUGUUAGAGGUAACUCCUCCUUCUGUUGUGGAUGAGGCUAAGAUGGUGCUUCACGAACAUCUGGGUCCUCAGGUAUUAGAGACUGACAUCCUCUCGCGAGUCUUGGAAGCCCUAAGGUAUCUUUGCCAGGAGAAGGCAUUGACCCUGCAGCAAUUUAGUGCCAUUGACGAUCUGCUGAAUGAACUUGGUGAGGCCCGCCAACGUCAACCGGCCGCGAACGCCCAGGCUCACGACACUCGAGAGGCUUUGAAUAGCCUCUCUCGAGAAAUGGACAUCUCUCGCGGUAUUUUAAAUGAGCGAACCAACCGCCUGCGGGAACUACAAAUCCAAAGGUCCGACUUCAAACUUCGGAUCGAGGACCUCCAUACAGGUUUAGCCUUUGUUGAAAACGCGAUUGCUACAGAAGAAGCCCAACUCGAUGAACCUCUGGCUGCUUCUGAAGAAAUGGGCCGCAACCUGGCCCAUCUCAGAGAACAGGCCACUCAGGCUUCUUGCGGCGAAUCUCCGCGUGGAGGAACUUUGCUUGAAAUUGAGCUUCAUGGGCCAAUCUUUGUAGGCCCCCUCGAAAACUGUUCGGUCUCCUUACACGUCAAUAAUCCCUUCUUUUCCGAGAUUUAAGGCAUUAAUCACUCGUUGAAAAACAACGGUCGUGAAAAAAUAAUCUCGUGAAUAGAACAGUUACCUCCUCGAAAACCGUUCGGUUUCCCCACAUGCUAUUAAUCCUCUAAUAAUAGCUAACUCCUCAAAAAAUCGCUCCUCACAUGCUGCUAGUCCCUUUUUUCCCGAGAUUUGGAAUCACUAAUCUCGAUUUACUGACAUCGGUUUUGAAAUUGAGCUUCAUCCAAGGGUGGGGAUUUGCCUAAAGUCCCUAUAAAUAGUUGUAUUUCAGGAAGGGAAUACUCACAACAACUUUUCUGAAAUAUUCGAGAAAUGGCCUUUCAAUCCUUGCUUCUUUUUCUCCUUCUUCACAAAUCUUCCCCUCAUGAAAUGACCUUUAGCCUCUAAAUUUUAGGCUUUAUGGCGUAAUCUUAAGCCUGGGUUAGGCCUCAUGGCGUAAUCUUAGGCAACCCCUUGUUUCGUCCUUCUGGAGUUCUGCAACAAAAAUGCCAGGCUUCAGAUUGGUUUAGAAACACGAGGGGGCUCCAAGUGUGGGAUCUCCGGUCAUGUAAGAUCAUUUUUUGAGAAAAUCCCAUACGCGGAGCGAAACGGGGAGAGGGAGGACGGCCACUCUGAGGUUCAUCUUUCCUCCUCUGUUUCCUUUCUUCUGGACCUGGCCCGUGUUGUGCCCUCCAGAUGGAAGGGGCUUUGGUUCUCACCUCCUUUUCCCCCUUUCUCUUCUUGAUAGAAUCUUGGAGGGAUGAGAAGGGAUGGACUCUUUGAAGGAAUGGGUUCAAGCUACAGAAUGGCUGUUCCUGUACUUCACGUCCAGCUAAUGGUGGUUACCAAGGCUAGAGGGGGUGCAGAGACUCAAGCUGAUAUUCGGUUCCUUCACUCUCUGCCCCUCCAGGAGAUAAUGGCGCGGCUCAACCCGGCGUUGGAUUCCAUAGCUGCUUCCAAUUGAGGGGGCUUGGAGGCUCCAUUUUCUUUCACUGGAGUCUCCCCUUCUCAUGAAUAAUGGUGUUGGCCAAGCCUAUGUUGUAUUCCUCUACCGCUUCCAUGUAAAAGGGGCGCGGGGGUUCCGUUACUCCUCUUUUUCCUUCCCUGAAGUCUGCCCCUCCUUGGGAUAAUGGCGCGGCUCAACCCGGCGUUGGAUUCCAUAGCUGCUUCCACUUGAGAAAAGAUUCAGAAGAUAUCGGAAGAUUCCUGUUUUGUAUUCUAGCCACUUUUGGCUUUGUAAUGAAUGUACUGCUUUUGGCCGCAAAGCCACUUUAUGAAUACAAUAAUAUUUUCUUAUCCUGAUAUUCAAAUAUCUGUGAGAAGCUGUGUCAACGUGUCUCGCAAGGCCCCAAAUAUAGGCCCCCAUAGUUGUAUAUCGAAAAUAAUAUGAACUUUUAAAAUAUGC